AUGGGUUGGAAGGAAGACAGCAUCAGUGAGGUCCUCUUGGAGGCCUGUGUCAUCUUCCAGAAGAUCUGUCUCUACCUGGAUCCCUGGAAGGUGGUUCUCAUGGGCAAAGAACUGGAAUUGUUGAGUGUUACCACGGAGGACACUAGUCCUGAGGACACACAAAGGGGCGGAAAGUGGACAAGGGGGCGGGAGAAUUCCAACUCCAUAAAAUCUCAUUCUGGGGGCCUCCCUCCUCAACACACUUGUGCCAUGAUUCUCAGCUUGAGCCCUGUGUGCCAACAAAAGAAGGAGCUGGGGAUGAUCUUCUUAAUGCAGACUGUGGUAGGGGUCUUGGGCAACCUCUCACUUCUCCAACAUUACUUGGUCCUUCAUUUCACCAAGUACCACUUCAAAGGCACAGAUUUGUUUAUUAAGCACAUGCUAGUAGCUAAUAUCUUGGUCCUUGGUAAAGGAGUCCUAAAUGCAAUGGCAUUAUUUGGCUGGACGAAUUUUAUCAAUGAUCUUGCAUGCCAACUUAUUCUGUAUCUGCACCGAGUGGGGAGAGGGGUCUGCAUUGGUUGCGUCUGUCUCUUGAGUGUCUUCCAGGUGUUCACCAUCAGCUCCAGAAUCUCCAGAUGGACCCAUCUGAGAACAAAAGUCCUCAAGCAUGCAGGGCUUGCUCUUUACUGGUGGUGGAUUGUUGUCAUGCUGGUGAACAUUCCCUUCCCUCUCUUUAUAACUGCCACAACCAGCAACAGCAGCUUUGACAAAAAAGUCUUUGGGUAUUAUUCUGCUGUGAUUCACGAUGCAACCAGUGACGUAUUAUAUGCGGUGCUGUUGACAUCGCCUGAUGUGCUCUGUCUGGGGCUCGUGCUUUGUGCCAGCACCUCCAUGGUUUACAUCUUGUACAGACACAAACAGAGGAUCCGGCACCUACGCACAAACAUCUCCCUCCAGUCUUCCCCCGAGACCAGAGCCACUCGAAGAAUCUUUCUCCUGGUGAGCACUUUUGUCUGCUUUUACACCCUUUCCUGCUCCUUUCAAGUGGCGCUGUCGAUUAUGCCUAAUCCCAUUAAAUUGUUGGAGAACUUAGUUGUGGUCAUGUCUGCCAGCUUCCCCGUUGUCAGUCCCUUUUUGCUCAUGCGACAAGAAAUUAGUGUGAUCAGGCUUUGCUGUAUCUCGAGGAAUCCCAAAUUGAGGGGUCCAGUGGGGAACACAUAG